AUCAAUCAAUUGGAGGAGUUUAGUUGGUUACAGACAGGCUAAGAGUACAGUCUAUUUGUGACCUGCUUCUUUAAAAUUCAUAAAAUGUUUCCCUUUAAUCCGCUGAAUUUUUUCGCACAAACUGUUUUCUGUUUGAUCAUCGUUCAGAUGGUCAACAGCACCUGUGAUGUAUAUAAUUCACUUGAUUGGAGCAACGACGACAUUAAUUUCCAAAAAAUAAGUGGACUUUACUCAGUGAUUACAACUAGCUACCAAGCAAAUUAUGGCGCUUGUGAAGUUCAUGGCAUAUCGCAAACAGCAAAUAAUGCAAUCCUUGACAAGUACAAGAAGACAGGGUCUCCUUGCUCCACGGUAUAUCGAAAUCUCAUCACCAAAACCACGAACGCAUUUCAAUUCAACUAUUCCGGCGAUGAUUUGCAAUGCAUGCCGCGUAGCAAUCACAGAACCGUUGACAAUAUGAAGAUGAAGGUUCUACCGGAUGGUGAAUGUUUUUUCAAAGCAUUCUGUUUACCCGAUGGAACACCAGUGAUCAAUUUGCUGUGCCGAAACCCAGACACAUUCUGGAUUACCCAGCUUUUGAAUCCGAUUAUAAAUAUUGUGUUGGCGUUGCUUGGCAAUUCGCUCUAUUACAUUGAUCAAAGUUGUUACAAUCAAAUUGUCAAUAAUCCAUCCGAUCUGGCCCUGUUGUUGGGUUCAUAAAAGUAAUCCAAAUGUUGCAACUUACAAUCAGUUGUUGUUCAUUUUAAUAAAAUUGUUACCCACUA